AUGUUCUCUUUCUUCUCGCAGAAUAUCUGCUUGUCCCGGCGGGUGAUGAACUCCUCGGCCUCCCCACACGGUAUCUCACAAAAGAGGGGACCUGAAUGCUUGUAUGCAAGACAGGCGAUAGCUAUAGUACGUGAUGGAAAAGUGAAUCAAGCCUUUCUAUCCCAGUUUAUUUGGAGAGCAGCGUCCGUUCAAUUGAAGAUUUCCUCCAUACUCCCCGAGAACCCGCAACGCGCUGCGUGCACAGGAUGUUCACUUCUAACUCAUCGUCGUCUUCCGAGGACGGAGAAGAAUCUCGCACGCCAUUCAACGCUGUAUCGGCUGCUGCCGCGGCGCAGCGGCAACGUCUACCCCGCCGAAGUCGCAUUUCCCGUGCUCGAGCGGCACCGGAAGAUGCGGAAGCCUUUGCGUACGACGAGGCUCUAG